AUACAAUGGUGGUAGCCUUAUAAUUAUAAGUUCUUGACUUUUGCUACUUUCCCUUCAGCCAUGUGUUUUAUCUUAACUUUUCUUCUGGGUUUCAUGUGUUUGAUAAAAUAAAUUUCAGUUCCGUUCAGUUCGGUUAAUCGGUUAAAAACCGAUACCGGUGCAUGCUAAAAUGUAAUACAUGAUCUAUUGUUUUAUAUUUAUCUUGUUUAAAUAAAAUAAUAUCUCGAUCUGUUGAUAUGAUAGAUUGUAACCAAUUGUAAUAUGUUUAUUUCUUGUUUUAAUCUUUGUUAUUUACAUUUAAGGUGGUUAUGGUUGUUGCCCGUAUGAAUCGGGUACGUGUUGUGCUGAUAAGGUACAUUGUUGUGCUAGUGAUUAUUCGUGUGAUGCAUCUGGUUCACGAUGUAUUCGUCAUCCUGGACCAUCAUCAAGUGUUAAUAAUCGAACACUUGAUAUUGUUAUUGCUGCAAUGAAAAAAUUCAAAAUACCAUUAAUGAAAAAAGGCACAUAUACACACAGAAUUAGGUAA